AUGAUGUGCGAGGUGAUGCCAACCAUCAGUGAAGCAGAAGGCCCCCCAGGAGGAAGUGGGAGCCAUGGCUCAGGCUCCCCAUCACAGCCAGAUGCAGACUCCCAUUUUGAACAACUCAUGGUGUCCAUGCUAGAGGAAAGGGAUCGUCUCCUGGACACGCUGAGAGAGACUCAAGAAACACUGGCAUUAACCCAGGGGAAAUUACAUGAGGUGGGACACGAAAGAGACUCUUUGCAGAGACAGCUCAACACUGCGCUUCCACAGGAGUUUGCAGCACUCACGAAAGAACUGAAUGUGUGCAGGGAGCAGCUCCUCGAGAGGGAAGAGGAAAUUGCAGAGCUGAAAGCAGAAAGGAACAACACCAGGCUGCUGCUGGAGCAUUUGGAGUGCCUUGUGUCCAGGCACGAGCGCUCUCUUAGGAUGACAGUGGUGAAGAGACAGGCACAGUCCCCUGCCGGUGUGUCUAGUGAGGUGGAGGUGCUCAAAGCUCUGAAGUCCCUGUUUGAGCACCACAAAGCCCUGGACGAGAAGGUGCGAGAGCGGCUCCGAGUAGCCCUGGAGAGGUGCAGCUUGUUAGAAGAAGAACUGGGUGCUACACACAAAGAGCUAAUGAUUCUUAAAGAACAGAAUAAUCAGAAAAAAACACUAACAGAUGGGGUGCUUGACAUCAACCAUGAGCAGGAAAACACACCAAGCACGAAUGGAAAGAGAUCUUCAGAUGGCUCCCUCAGCCACGAGGAAGACCUUGCUAAGGUAAUGGAGCUCCAGGAAGUCAUAGACAAACAGUCAAGAGAACAGACCCAGAUGAAGGAGCGUCUGGCUGCCCUCUCCAGUCAUGUAGCAGAGCUGGAAGAAGAUCUGGACACAGCCAGAAAGGAUCUCAUCAAGUCUGAAGAAAUGAACACAAAGUUGCAGCGAGAUGUCCGAGAAGCGAUGGCCCAGAAGGAAGACAUGGAGGAGAGGAUCACCACCCUUGAGAAGCGUUACCUUGCUGCACAGCGCGAGGCCACUUCAGUACAUGACCUCAAUGACAAACUGGAAAACGAGAUUGCAAAUAAGGAUUCUAUGCACCGGCAGACAGAAGACAAAAACCGUCAGUUACAGGAACGCCUGGAGCUGGCGGAGCAGAAGCUGCAGCAGACGCUGCGGAAAGCUGAGACCUUGCCGGAAGUGGAGGCUGAGCUGGCCCAGAGGGUGGCUGCGCUCUCCAAGGCUGAGGAGAGACACGGCAACAUUGAGGAGAGGCUACGGCAGAUGGAGGCACAGCUGGAGGAGAAGAAUCAAGAGCUACAGCGGGCCAGACAAAGAGAAAAGAUGAAUGAGGAGCAUAACAAACGUUUAUCAGACACUGUGGACAAGCUUCUUUCAGAGUCCAAUGAGAGGCUUCAGCUUCACCUGAAGGAGAGAAUGGCUGCUCUGGAAGACAAGAAUUCUUUAUUACGAGAAGUUGAAAAUGCAAAGAAGCAAUUGGAAGAAACACAGCAUGAUAAGGACCAGCUAGUCCUCAACAUUGAAGCACUGAGGGCCGAACUAGACCAGAUGAGACUGAGAGGCGCCUCGCUUCACCACGGCAGACCCCACCUGGGCAGUGUCCCGGAUUUCCGGUUCCCCGUGGCAGAUGGGCACACGGACGCCUUCAGCACCAGUGCCGUGCUACGGCGCCCCCAGAAAGGCCGGCUGGCGGCUCUGCGGGACGAGCCAUCCAAGGUGCAAACUCUCAAUGAGCAGGAUUGGGAACGAGCCCAGCAGGCCAGCGUCUUGGCAAAUGUGGCCCAGGCGUUCGAGAGUGAUGUGGAUGUGUCUGACGGUGAAGAUGACAGGGACCCUCUGCUGAGCUCAGUGGACUUGCUGUCGCCCAGUGGGCAGGCUGAUGCACAGACCCUGGCCAUGAUGCUUCAGGAGCAGCUGGAUGCCAUCAAUAAGGAGAUCAGGUUGAUCCAAGAAGAGAAGGAGAGCACAGAGCAAAGGGCAGAGGAGAUUGAGAGUCGAGUCGGCAGUGGGAGUUUAGACAACCUUGGUCGUUUUAGGUCGAUGAGCUCCAUUCCCCCCUACCCUGCUUCCUCACUUGCCAGCUCCUCCCCUCCAGGAAGCGGCCGCUCCACCCCAAGAAGGGUGCCUCAUAGCCCCGCUCGGGAGGUGGACAGACUGGGCGUCAUGACUCUGUUGCCAGCUUCCAGAGAAGAGGUACGAGAUGACAAGACAACCAUAAAAUGUGAAACUUCUCCCCCCUCCUCCCCGAGGUCCCUGCGCUUAGACAGGCUGCACAAAGGCGCACUCCAUACGGUCAGCCACGAAGACAUCAGGGACCUGCGAAACUCGACAGGCUCCCAGGAUGGCCCCGUGAGCAAUCCCAGCAGCAGCAACAGCAGCCAGGACUCACUCCAUAAAGCCCCGAAGAAGAAGGGCAUCAAGUCUUCUAUUGGCCGCUUGUUUGGCAAGAAGGAAAAGGGCCGGCCUGGACAAAUGGGCAAAGACUCACCAGGACAAGCUGCUCUCUCUGAGACAGAAAACUCAUCUCAAGAUGCCUUAGGGCUCAGCAAAUUGGGAGGCCAGGCUGAGAAAAACCGUAAACUUCAGAAAAAGCACGAGUUGCUGGAGGAAGCCCGAAGGCAAGGCUUACCUUUUGCUCAGUGGGACGGGCCCACAGUGGUCGUAUGGCUAGAGCUCUGGGUUGGGAUGCCCGCCUGGUAUGUGGCAGCCUGCCGAGCGAAUGUUAAAAGUGGAGCCAUCAUGUCAGCUCUGUCUGACACGGAGAUCCAGCGGGAGAUUGGCAUCAGCAACCCCCUGCACAGGCUGAAGCUCCGCCUGGCCAUCCAGGAGAUCAUGUCCCUGACCAGCCCGUCUGCCCCACCCACAUCCAGGACGACACUCGCCUAUGGGGACAUGAACCAUGAGUGGAUUGGCAACGAGUGGCUGCCCAGCCUUGGGCUCCCCCAGUACCGCAGCUACUUCAUGGAGUGCCUCGUGGAUGCCAGGAUGCUGGACCACCUGACCAAGAAAGACCUGCGGGGACAGCUGAAAAUGGUGGACAGCUUCCACAGAAACAGUUUCCAGUGUGGAAUUAUGUGCCUGAGAAGGUUAAAUUAUGACCGUAAGGAACUGGAAAGAAAAAGAGAAGAGAGUCAGAAUGAAGUAAAAGUGAGUCUUUUCUCCACCUGCCAGGACGACGAUAAGAGCUUCAGGAGGGCACCUUCCUGGAGGAAAAAGUUCCGACCCAAGGAUAUCCGGGGCCUGGCCGCGGGGUCUGCAGAGACGCUGCCUGCAAACUUCCGGGUGACUUCUUCCAUGUCUUCCCCCUCUAUGCAGCCAAAGAAGAUGCAGAUGGACGUUUACCCACACUACUUCUACAGGUGACUCUGCAGCAGGACCGCGUUUAACCCAGUGGAGUCUUGUUAUAUGGACCUGAAGAUAUUUUAUUACAGAGUUUUUAAAUUAGUGAAAAAUUCAUGAAUAUCAUAGAGAAAAUAUUUUAGAAUUUAAUGUUUCUUAUAUUUAUGUAAACUUAUGCUCUUCAUUUAUAUAGUUACUUACUUUUUCAUGUAUAUCCAGGCUAUAAAUAUCCUUUUGAAUAAAUUCAUGUUCCUGUAUCUGAUUUUAGUUUUUGGAACGAAUGUACUGUAAUGCUUGUAUGUAUAAAUCCUGUGAACAAAUAGAGGGUUUUGUAAAUGAUGCAUUCGUUGUGAUUACCACUGUCUAUAAUUUCUUCGUGAUAAACCGUGACGGAGGAAAGAGUUUGGCGGCGUUCAUCGAAUCAUCGGGACCCUGGUGGUGCGUGUUCCCUUUACCCAGCUCUGCAACCACCAUUUCCAAACGAGCAGGCCUCAUUGCAGACAGUGUGGCAGGCUUCAAAUGGCUGGCCUGACUGUACUGUUUAUACCAGGCUCUCGGCUUCUCCUGGGACCUUGUUAGUGUCAGAAUGCCAGAGGAAUGCUGGCCUUCCCUCAGCCCUGGAGCAGUGUCACAACUCUAGCUCAUCCCCAAGCCCUGCUUCCCCCUCUCCAGCCCCACCUCUGGACCUGGACCUGGGUUCAGAUUAGAGCCCCAGCUAGGGAGUCGCACUCUGGGGAGGGGGAGUUGAGGGUGGAAAGCCUCUCCUUGAGGACCAAUCACGGAGCACUGCACUGUGAUCUCACGGACUUGAGCGCAGAGCAGGGCCAGGAGGCCUGGCCCAACAGCCCGCCCUGCAGCUCUAAUAAAGGCCUUAUUUUUCUUAAUGUAAAUCAUCUUUUUACAUUUGUUUCUAACAUGUUUCAAGAAUGAACCUAGUCAUACAUUUUUAGAUUUUGAUGGUAUAGCCAUUUUGGAUUGUACAAGUAGCAAAUGUAACCUUUACUUUUUAAAUGGCAAAUUAAAAAAGCCAGCAGGAAACGAGUCAGAUCGAGGUGCGUUAUUUAUUAUGCAACUGAUACAUGGAGGCAGCAUGCCUUUUACAUCUGUUCUGCUUUUAAUUCACUUGUAUAAUUCAUUGUUACCAUUCUGUUUUUCUAUUAAUCUUUUGUGAACUUCUCAACUAUGUAACAAAGUAAUGUACAGUCUACUUUUGAACUAUUUUUAUCACAGUAUUAUUUAUUGCUUUCUUUCAAUAAAGUGCUGGAGCAUUUUCCACUGCCA